AUGUGGGACAAAAGCAGCGAUCCAUCAGUUGACGACUCGAAUCCGAAGUCCCAGGAGGUGGUGACCACGAGCUGCAAUCCAACUGCUUACGAGCCGUACGAGUGUCUCCCCCUCGACAAGCGAGGCCGUCAUCGUCGGCUCUUUCAGUUCUGGCGAUCGCCGAGCUCGGAACAUCUCGAGAUCGAUCUCCAGCAUUUUGACCUGCGCACGGCGCCGCCGUUUCGAGCGGUGUCGUACGUUUGGGGUCCUCCUCCGGCGACGAGGGCCGUCCUGGUUGGCGGAAAAAGCGCUCAGGAUACAAGAAAACCUCGAGAAGCUUUUCCGGGUCUUUGGGGGCCGCCAUGCAAGGACCAAGCGAUUCGAGGGCCCGACUUGCUGUGGGCGGACCAAGUGCGUGUACACCAGGGAUGUAACGAGGAGAGGAAUCACCAGGUUCAGAUGAUGGGUCAGAUCUUCACCAGGGCAGACGAAGUUCUUGUGUGGCUUGGGGCGGAUAGAGCGGGAACAAGUGCAUUCAGAGCGAUCGAGAGAAUAAGCGAGGAGUCUACGAAGAUCAACGCCCUUAUCCACACGAGGGAGGGUGUCGACGACCGCCAGGCUUUGAAAGACUUCGCACACAACCCCUACUGGGAUCGGCUGUGGGUGGUGCAGGAGACUGUGCUUGCAAAGAAUCUGGCUCUGUUCAUACAUCGUUCCAAACUGGACGGCUACAAAUUUGAGCGCUUCUGCAGGAAUGUCAUGGACUUCCACCCUAUCAUACACAACUGCUCCUUAUUUGAUUUUAUAGCCAAGGAGAGGACCAGAAAGUUCCUCAGAGACCAGUCGCUCAGAAAUCCGCUCUUGGAUGCAUGUAUCGCCACAUGUUCAAAGAUCGUCGACUACAAUAGGCUAGCGGAGCAGGUGCUCCUCGAUGCAGCUGUCAAGAUUUGCAAUAGCAACCAAGAAGUCCUUGAGUAUUAG